AUGCAGCAAGUGCAAACGAUAAUGAUGCGAUUCGAACUGAUACACGUCCGAGAUUCUGUAACGGCCAUGUCCAUUAUCGCGCAAAGCCCAUCUUCUGCCGGCCUCAGGAAAGUCCAAGCGGACUCCCUCCCCGCUCAGUUCCACCAGAAGCCAUUCAGACGCAGUCCAACCAAAAAGCUUCUGGAAAACGUCCUCACCGCAAGCUCUAUUCGAGCAAUCUGGUCCGACAGCGCGGUGGACCUCCUCCACCCACCCAUCCAAUUCGAUGCAUCCUUCAUCGACCCAUCAGGGCCCAUCAGGGGAGACUCCCUCGCCGACACGAUGUGCAUAGCCGAGUGGCUGCCGUUGGGCUAA